AAAAUAUGGCGGACGUUCCUAACACAAAUCCGUUUCUUGAUGACGAAGACGAUGAAAAUACGGUGGUUGCGGCUACAGAAGUGGUUAACACUGAAUUGCAAGAUGCAAAAACAAGUGAACAUCAUGAACUUUCAUUAGAUUCGCUUGCUGCAAGCCUUUUGAAGGAGAAUUUUGUUUUGACAGCCCUUGAAUUUCACACAGAACUCUUAGAGACCGGAAGAGAAAUCCCACGACUUCGAGACUAUUUUUCAAACCCUGGAAAUUUUGAACGUACAAAAGACGAAUUUGGGACUUCAUCACUGCAUAGAACAUCCAGUAUACAGACGUUUGAUUCUCUGGACUUUGCCCGCUAUUCAGAUGAUGGAGGUGGACAGGUGGAUGAAAGAGUAGCAGUUCUGGAAUUUGAACUUAGAAAAGCACAAGAUUCCAUCAAAUCUCUUCGAGCAAGCUUAACAAAAGAAGCAGAGAAUGAGCUUGGGUCUACAGAGCAGGUCAAUGAGGGGGUGGUCACACUGGGACAGGAGGAGGCCAUUAAACCACUAGAGAAGAGGGCCAUUAAUUUCCUAAUCAACGAGUUCCUCCUACAGCAGAACUACAAACUCACGGCUGUCACCUUCUCAGAGGAGAACGAAGAGCAGGAUUUUGAGGACUGGGAUGAUGUGGGAUUAAACAUGGCUCGGCCACCGAGUCUGUUACACCUGUACAAGGAUUAUGGGAGCCAUGUUGUCCCACAAACUGAAACCAAGGACUCCUCCUGCCAGGUAGAUCUGGACCUGGAGGAAAAUCAGAGGAGGGAGGAGGAAUGGAACGAUCUGAAAUCUCAGCUGGAAUCAAACAUUGCUGAUUUUGAAAAUCAGAUUUCAAUCUUGAGAACAGAAAACCAGAACUUGAUGUCACAGAUUACUCAAUUCCAUAACCAAAGAUCUGAAAACCAGGUGAUAUACAGUUCUGCUCCUCUGAAAUCUUCAAAGUUAUCCAACCAGGAAGUAGAUUACACAGUGGGUGAGGAGACCCCUGGUGUGGGUGAGAACAGUAAUGAAGAAUGUGAUAAUAAAACAGUGAACAGUGAGUUAGUGAUGGACACGAAUUGUGAAAGUGAGGCAAAAACUGUGAAAGAAGGGAACCAGUCAAAUGAUAAAGACAUGAGUGUGGAGUCACAUGAUUUUGUUGUCAUAGAUUCAGACCACAGCAUAGGUGACAAAAGUCCCACCAUGAAGGAAAAUUCCAGUCGAGAAAAUCCAGACCCUGAAUCAGGGAGACAUUUAUCACCGACCUUUAGGAAAGCUUUAUUAGAUGUUUGUUUCCAUGUUUCUAAAGACAACCGUAUUGUACAUGAGGUAUCCCGAAUCAUUGGUGCUGACAGAGACCACAUUGUAACAAUGCUGGCUCGCUGUCUUCCUCAUAUAGUCCCCAACGUACUCCUGGCUAAAAGAGAGGAGUUAAUCCCCUUGAUAUUGUGCACUGCCAUGCUCCAUUCCGACUCUAAAGAGAGAGACAAACUCCUCAACAUUCUCUUUAACCUGAUCAAAAAACCUGACGAAGAACAAAGACAGAUGAUCAUGACGGGUUGUGUGGCCUUUGCCCAGCACACAGGAAGUGCUCGUCUGAUUGAGGAACUCCUCCCUCAGUGUUGGGAACAGAUAAACCACAAGUAUCCAGAGAGAAGAAUCCUAGUGGCUGAAGCAUGUGGUGCACUGGCAUCCUACUUACCAACUGAGAUUUUGAGCUCACUCAUCCUGUCGAUGCUCCAGCAGAUGAUGGCAGAGGACAAGGAGGCAGAAGUGAGAGAGGCCGUGGUCCGAAGUCUGGGAAUUCUGUUUGGAUUUAUCUGUGAUACUGACAAAUACACACAGGGUUGUGAAUUACUGUGGGCGUCCCUGAAGGAUUCCUCUGAGCGUGUGGUGACGGCCUCCCUCCACGUCUUUCUCCCCUCCCUGGCUGCCUGGGCGGACGAACUGGACAAGCUCCAACACAGUCUCAUACACAGUGUGGUCAAAGAUCUGGAAGAACUAGUUAAGGCAAUUCCCUGAUGGGAACCAGUAUACUCCCUCUUUUUCUUUGCUAGUCACACUUCUGUUGUAACAGCAUAAUGUACCAAAAUUAGAGAGGGAUUUUUUUAUGAAAAAUUUGUG